CAGGCGUACAAGAAGCUCGCCGUAAAGUACCACCCCGACAAGAACCCCGACAACAAGGAGAUGGCGGAGGAGAACUUCAAAAAGGUUUCCGAGGCGUACGAGGUGCUCUCCAACUCGGAGAAACGGCAGACGUACGACACCGUCGGCAAGGCUGGGCUCGGCGGCGGUGGCGGCAUGCCCGGCGGCAACUUUUCGCAGGCCGAUGCGGAGGCGAUGUUUUCCCAGGUCUUUGGCGGGCAGGACCCCUUUUCAGUGCUGUUUGGCGAGAUGGGCGGC